AUGGCUACAGACAAGGACUUGGAAACGCUUCUUGACGAGCGCAUGAAACUUCAAGACCAUGAACGAACGCAGGACAGCCAGACCCAGAAUGCUGACAAGGUCGCGGCCUCUGCACCCCUCCCUCCUGGCAUGCAAAAGAACCAAGAUACGACCACUGAAGACUUAUGGAAGGAGCUCAACCGGACUCCCCUGUUCAUGACAUCGCUCGACGAGACUGGCGAUGGCGAAAGCGGCGAGAACGUCGCCCUUGAAGCACUCAAAGCUCUGGCAUAUGAGGGGACCAGAGCUGAAGUAGCUCAGAACUUUCGCGAGCAAGGCACGGAACUGGUCAGAACGGAGAAGCGAUAUCCUGAAGCGCGGGACUACUACACCAAGGCUCUGGAUGCUUUGAAGAGACCACCGCUCCCGCCGGACCCAGAGCAAGGUCCGCAAGUCGUGGAGAUUGACGAAGAAGCCGAAGAACGAAAGGAGCGUGCAAUCGAGGAAGCAUGUCUUGUGAAUCGAGCGUUAUGCAACCUUGAGAUGACUAACUACUACGCUGAAGAAAACUAUGGUUCCUGCAACAGAGACUGCGCCGCAGCACUUCGACUGAACCCACGCAACGUCAAGGCAUGGUAUCGAGCCGCAUCUGCGUGCUUGGCGCUGGACAAGAUCCCAGAGGCACUCGACGCCUGCCAGAGCGGCCUAAAGUACGACUCGCACAACGCAGCCCUAAAGAAGUUAACGACGAAGAUCGAAAACCGCCAGGCCCACCUUGCUGAGAUGGACAGAGUUCGCCGCGAGCGUCAUGAGAGGCAACGGCUGGAGCAGGCGACUCUGCGGCUAGCGCUGAAGAAUCGCAACGUCCUGACUCGUAAGACGGACCGUCCGCCAGAAAUGCCCGAGGCCAAAAUCGCGCUCGAGGAUCCUGUGGACGCUUCUUCGAACCUCAGCUUCCCCGUUAUCAUUUUAUAUCCGGUUCAUGCUCAGACCGACUUCAUCAAGGAGUUCCGGGAGGAUGAGUCUUUGACUGAUCAUCUCUCGUACAUCUUCCCGUUACCAUGGGAUGAGAAGAAGGAGUAUUCCUUGAGCACUGUGGAAUGCUUUAUGGAGACGGUGGAAAGCGGACUCAUCAAAGCUGGCAAGAAGCUGAGCCUACUCAAGCUCCUCGGUAGUGGGAAGCUUGAAGUUGUGGAUGGCCUGGUCAGAAUCUCGGUUGUUCCAAAGGACCAGACUGCCCAAUGGAUCGAGGACUUCAAGAAGCGGAGAGGGAAGCAAUGA